AUGAAGUUAAAGCUCGUUUCAGGGGUUUUUAUCGCCCUUCUGUCACUAAAAGGUGUGACAGCACAAGGCGGCGCGUGGUCUCAGUGUGGUGGCAUUGGUUGGUCUGGGGCCGCGACAUGUAUAUCCGGUUAUACAUGUACAGUUCUGAACCCGUACUACUCUCAAUGUCUCCCCGGAAGUAGUUCUAGUAUUACGACUACUACUACAACUACCGCGACCCGUAUCUCGACCACUUUAUCUACCACAGCACGCACGUCGUCGCCAUCUCCAUCUCCAACGAGUAGCCUCAAAUACUGGUUUAGCUUUGGUGAUUCCUAUACCGCUACGGGAUUUUCUGCGACUGGGAAUCAACCCUCUGCUCAAAAUCCUCUCGGAAAUCCGACUUACCCCGGCCAGACCACAUCCAAUGGCCCUAAUUGGAUUGAUGUGGUGACUGUCAAAUACAACAGAUCGCAGACAUUCACUUAUAACUUUGCCGUAUCGGGUGCAACCAUUGAUAACGCCCUUGUUAACUCGGUCAAUGUUCCUUCAAUGACAGACCAGGUCAAUACAUGGACGACACGAUAUUCUAACAAACCAGUAACAGCACCAUGGCAAUCAGACAAUACUAUGUUCUCUGCCUUCAUCGGUAUCAACGAUAUCGGUAGCUCAUAUUCAAGGAGCGAUAUCAAUACUUUUAUUGAUACUCUUCUUACAGCCGAGUUCAAGCUGCUAGACAAAAUCUAUACCAGUGGCGGGCGAAACUUUCUUUUCCAUAACAUCCCACCCGUGGAACGUUCUCCCCUUAUCUCAGGCCAGCCAAGCUGGGCAACUCAAGAAAAGACUGUUAUCGCAACUUGGAAUUCUAAACUACAAACUUACAUUACGAAUUUCAAGAAUUCCCACUCCGGCUCAAAUACAUUCUUGGUCGAUUCUAACGCGCAAUUCACCAUGGUUCUGAACAAUCCGACUACAUACGGGUUAAGCUCGGACACCAAGAGUUCCGGGACUAAUCAACAGCUUUUCUGGGCGGACGUUUAUCAUCCAAACACAGUGAUGCAUGACGUCCUUGGAAAAGAAGUUGCUAGAGUAGUGCAAGUUGGCGGGUUCUGGUAG